AGCUUUCUUACUUUACAAGACUACUUUAAGAAGAGGGUUUGAAAGAGUAAAGAUUCAAACUCAGUAUAUAUGAGAAAAGUGAGUGAGAGAAAGCUAGGCCUAGCUAGCUAGCACACCACCAACUUGUUUUUGGGUUGUCACCUGAAUCAUAUCAUUCUACUGUCUUGAUUUCUAGUGGAAGCUCUCCUCUUCUCCUCCUCCUUUAUCUUUAUUUACUAGUAGUAAUUACUAUUAUCUCUCUACUUAAACACCUAUCAUUGAUCUUGGGAUUUUCAAGCAUCCUCUUUUUGAUAUAAAUAUAUCCUAUAUAUUGGCCUUGUAUAAUUUAAUGGAGUCUGCAAAUCUUCAUUACAAGCAUCAACAGCAGCAGCAGCUUGGUGAUGAGUCUUCCUCUCCUUUUGAUGCUCCUCCUUUUUAUCAAGUUGAAGCCAGCCGUGCUGCCUGGUCCCCAAACACCAUUUUAAGUAACGGUGAAUUCAAUCCUAAUGUUAAUGUCCCUCCCAUGACUCAAGAGAUGGAUUUUGGAUCAAGUUUCGCGACAUUGUCUGCUCAUGAUCAAGUGCAACUUGCAAGGAUUAAAGAAGAGCUUUCUUCAUCUUCUGUUCAUCAUUCAGAUUAUCCAAGAUUCACCGACAUGUUAAACAGUCCAUCAUCAUCCAGCAUAGGAGAUUUCCACUUGUUAUCUAACUCAAGCGACGACUACCUUAAAAAUGAUCAGGAAAUUUGCUUAAUUAGAACCUUCUCUUCUGGUUGUCAAAUCAACGGCUUUCAACUUCCAGCAGCAGCAGGUGGAGGAGUUGGAGGAUUCUAUUCCAGUCCACCACAGAAGUACUACUGUCCUACAUCGGCUACAAGUGUUGCGAGAGGAACCUUCAGCCAAAUAUUGCCAACGAUAAAUAUCUCUGAGUUAACUCAGACUGCAGCUUCUUCUAAUUCAUCAUUAAUGUCAUCAAGCUCUUUAAGCAUGAACUUGGAGUCCUUAGAUCUCUUCAAUUCGACGAGAUUUAGUGCUGGAUAUAGCCAAUCUCCUCAUGACCACCUUGGCCUUUUCAAAACCAGUCUUCCUUAUAGUCUUCAGAAUAUGCAGCUUCAAUUAAGUCCUGGCAGGCCAUCAAGUUGCCCUACUAAUGUAACGUCAUCGUCACCGUUCCACAACAAUGGAGUUUCAGAAGUGAAAAGACCCAGCAGUUCGCUUGAAACUAAGCCACCUCAAGCAGCACCGAAGAAAUCUCGAUUGGAUUCACGCUCUUCAUGUCCGCCCUUUAAGGUUAGGAAAGAGAAGUUGGGAGAUAGAAUUGCAGCUCUCCAGCAACUAGUGGCACCUUUUGGCAAGACAGAUACAGCAUCUGUGCUAAUGGAGGCUAUUGGAUAUAUCAAAUUUCUCCAGAACCAAGUUGAGACUCUCAGCGUCCCAUACAUGAAGUCAUCGCGCAACAGGACUAAAAAGACGCAAGGGGGUUUAGGAGACGGAAACGGAGAAGAAGCUGAGGGGAUGAGAGAUCUGAGGACCCGAGGGCUCUGUCUCGUGCCCUUGUCCUGCUUAUCCUACGUUACUGAUGGCGGCGGAGGUGUUUGGCCGCCUCCUAAUUUCAGUGGCUUUUCUUGAAUCCAUUUUCGAACAUCGUAAAACUAGCUAGCUCGCAGUAGAGUUAAUUAAGUCUGGAUCAUGUACUGUAUGUUGCGGCAUAUGCAUGGGCGGAGAAUAAUUAGUUUCUAAUUAAUGUAUUCUUAAGUGAUGAUGAUGCAUAUGGGCUUUGAUGGAGCAGAUUUGGUCAUCUUGUAGCACACUCUGGGAUGGACCAAACUUGAUCCAUCAUUCAUCGAUCAAUCAAUCUAUCAUUCUUGAUUUA